GGCGGGGCUUCCUGUAUGCUGCCGCCGCCGGGUGUCCAUGGCCCGCACCCCCAAGCUGCCACUGCAGCAGUCAGAGUGGCGGCCAGAGGCUCGGUCCAUGCUGUACUCCCUGGACGGUGUUAGCGAGGCUGAGCAAGAGGCCUCGGUGUCUCGACACCUAAGAUUGCAAGGACGGAGCGUCACCAGGUCAGAGGACCAUGUUGCGCCGCAAACCCUCCAACGCCAACGAUAAAGAGCCCACUCAGAAGAGAAAGCUCUCACUCCAGCGCUCCAGCAGCUUCAAGGAUUUUGCCAAAUCCAAACCCAGCUCCCCCGUGGUGAGCGAGAAGGAAUUUAACCUGGAUGAUAAUAUUCCAGAAGAUGACUCAGGUGUCCCUCUCCCAGAAGAUUCCGGGAAGAGUGGCAAAAAGCUGGGGAAGAAGUGGAGGGCCGUGAUUUCCCGAACCAUGAACAGGAAGAUGGGCAAGAUGAUGGUGAAGGCCCUGUCAGAAGAGAUGGGAGACACUCUGGAGGAGGGCUCAGCCUCCCCGACUUCGCCAGACUGCAGCCUGGACAGCCCCAGCCCUGAGAAGAUGGCACUGGUCUUUUCUGAGCAGGAGCAGGAGCUUCCGGCACUUAGCCGCCAGGCAUCCACAGGCAGUGAGCUCUGCAGCCCCAGCCCAGGCUCUGGCAGCUUCGGAGAGGAACCACCUGCCCCACAGUACACAGGGCCCUUCUGUGGCAGGGCACGAGUCCACACCGACUUCACUCCCAGCCCCUAUGACCAUGACUCGCUGAAACUGCAGAAAGGAGAUGUGAUCCAGAUCAUUGAAAAGCCACCUGUGGGCACAUGGCUGGGCCUGCUCAAUGGCAGGCUGGGAUCCUUCAAGUUCAUCUAUGUGGAUGUGCUGCCUGAGGAGGCCGCAGGACCUGCCCGCCCCACCCGCCGACAAAGCAAGGGCAAGAGGCCCAAGCCCAAGACUCUGCAUGAGCUGCUGGAGCGCAUAGGCCUGGAGGAGCACACGUCCACCCUGCUGCUCAAUGGGUACCAGACACUGGAGGACUUCAAAGAGCUGCGGGAAACACACCUCAAUGAGCUGAACAUCAUGGACCCACAGCACCGGGCCAAGCUGCUCACAGCCGCCGAGCUGCUGCUGGACUACGACACCGGCAGCGAGGAGGCGGAAGAGGGCACCGAGAGCAGCCAGGAGCCAGCGGCAAACACAGUGUCUGAACCCAAGGUGGACAUUCCUCGAGACUCUGGCUGCUUCGAGGGCUCAGAGAGCGGGCGUGAUGAGACAGAGCUGGCGGGCCCUGAGGAGCAGCUGCAGGGCCUCUCCCUGGCCGGGGCGCCUUGAAGCAGAGGCAGCGGCACAGGCCAAGGCUGGGCCCCAGCAGCAAACACUGGGGAUGGGCCUGGCCUCCCACAGAGGCCCAGACCCCAGAGGACUGGUGCCGAGUCCGGCCCUGCUCCCCUAGCGGUGCCCAGGGCUGCGGAGGCCGGCCAAGGCCCUCCCUGUAGGCUUGGCUGGAGUGGAUGCGGAGCCACCCAAGGGCAUGUCCCACCCACCCAGCCCCCUCCCUCCACCAGCUACUGACAGCACAGAACUUCCAGGCACUGCCUGCUCCCAGUCACAGCAAGUGGGACAUUGCGGGCCCAUCCUACCCAUGUCCCUCACCACCGAGGCCCCCAAACCCUCCUCACCCUCACACCACUUUCCCCUGUCACACUGCUCCUGAAAAGGGGGCCAAGUCAAUGUUUCAGGUACGUUUCAAAACCCUAGGGAGGCUGGCCAUUUGAAAGGACCCUAACUCAUCAUGGGUCCAUACAGACUUCCCCGAACAUGGCUUGAAGAAAGCCACAUGGACCUUCCCCACAUUCCUUCUCCUUAACUUUUUGAGAGGUCUGGCCACUAAAUCGCCAUCUGACUUAAACCAAGUGCUUUCCCCAAUCAAGGUCUAGGACUGGUGAGGAUUAGAGUGGAUAUCGCUGAGGACCUUGCCAGCUCUGACAUUCUGUGACGUUAAAAGUCUGCUGUCCUGUCACCUGUGGCUGAGGACACCAGUGGGGUUUACUGAGGGAGCUGAAGGGACUUUGGGCUCCCAAAUGAAACAGCUCCUCCUGCUCAUUUGUUCCAUACCUCCCCACGUGACUCAAGCCAAGAUACAACUUCCCCCAGCUUAAAGCAAUAUGACCCUCCCUUUCCACUCCUGGCACCAUCCAACGACACUUCCCCUGAAGGCCAAUGGCAGAUAGAUCUGACUUCCAAGGACAGAACUGCCCCUCUGAAGCCAGAUGCAAGUCUGGACUCAGACUCGGCCCCUUGUAAGGGUUCUUAGAAACAAAGAAAGCAUGAAGCUUGACACUGGGGAGCCCACUACCCCCAACUCUGCUUUACAAGAGGUUUUGAUGUACCGAGUUCUAGAACAGGAGGAAGCUUCUCUGUCGGUGGGGGCCCUCCCUUGAUGUCAAUACCAAGUCUGUGCCCUGAAUUCCCAGAGUAAACCUUCCCCAGGGUCCAACUGGCCUGGGGACAGGGCCCACUAUGUCUAGGACGGCCUGCUUCGUGAACACACUUCUCGACCUACUAUGAAGAAUUUUGGUAAAAGCUACCUUGGGGAAAAGGUUUGGGUGUAAAUAUGAGGGGAUGGAGGCAGAUAAGUUGGCAGCAAUAAACAUAGGUAGAACUAAUUACAGUCUCCAGUUAUCUUGCCUAUGGAGAGAGGGUUGGAGGGUCACACCAGUAUCCUUUGAAGCUGGACUCAGCAAAAUGAUCUCCAAUGACCUUUCAGGAUCAUCUGUCCCUUCCCUGAAGAUGCUCACUGCCCUUGAUCCUGCCAACCUAACACUCCAGUUUGAAGCACUAACUGGCUCUGCCCUCCCUGUUAACCAGCAAUCCUCAGAAUACAGGAUCCCAGAGCCACAGGCCUUGCUGGGGUCUGAGAGUGUGGGUAUCUAUUUCCCUCUUCCUAGAAUGGUUAUUGAACAAGAGCCUUGAAGACCUCCACCAGUGAGGAAGGGCCCAUGCUAGAGGCUGUCCAGGGUCCAAAAGGGAGAAAUUUGGAUUCCGCAGGGCCUUCCCUCUGAGGCCACCUCUUUUUGGACCGCAUCCUGUCCCCACUGAAACUAUAGCAACUCCUGGGAGGUGGGACAGAGACAGAAAAACUCCGUUUCUGCCUUCACGAACUGCACUAGGGAUGGCAGACUGCGGUAAGAGCUGCCGCCAGAGUGAACACAAGGCUGCUCUGCUUCCAGGCUUUGUUCUCAGCUGUGCUCACACCACUGCCCUUAGUGGCUGUGGGCCACAGGCAGCUGCAACCAUUAUCCUCACCAGAGAAACCGGGAGUAGCUCAAACAGCCUCUAAGCUCCAAUGGUACCAUGUACUUGCUGCCAUUUAGUAGGCACCAACUGCGGUACCAGAAACCAAGCACUUGGCCUUUAUUCUCUCAGAUAAUCUCCGAAGUACCCUGCUCCUGCUUCCCCCCCCCCCACCGCCCAGGUACAUGCCAUCAUCUUCCCACUUUACAGAGGAGGAAACUGAAGCUCAGACAGGUUGAAGAAGUUGAGUAGGGAGUCCGACAACCUUUCAGAAGCCUCCUGCCCUCCAAAGGGCAAUCUGACCCUCUGUCAUGUGCCUUUGACACCCUUUGACCUGGCCAUUCCCCUCCUAGGACUUGAUCCACAGAAAGAGCCACACAAGUGCACAGAUAUAUGGACAAAGACGCUCAUAGCAGCUUUGUCUGCAAGGGUAAGCAAUUGGAAGCAAUGCAAAUGGGGAAUUAGAUACGUUAUAGUUCAUUCACAUAAUACUGUGCAGCCAUUAAUCAUGACAUGGUAGAAAAAUAUUUCAUAACACAGGGAAAAAUCUUUGUGAUUUUUUAUUGUUUAAUUAAAAAUUUUUAAAUUAUACAAUAAUGUACAAAUAUUCCUGUUGUAAAAGAAGUCUGUGCUGUAUCACGGGGGGCGGGGAAUGAGUACUAAAACAUUAUUUAUAGGGUGAUUCCAUUUUUAUUUAAGAAAAGGAAAACGUACAAAAGAAUAAAGACUAGAAAGAUCUGCACCAAAUGGUUACCAGUGAGACUAGUGUGGCGGGACUGGGGGAGGGAGGGAGAGAAGUGUUCACUUUGUACAUUCUUCUUGUGUUUGGAUUUUAAAAGUAUCUAUUAUUUUAUGUCUAUUUAAAAAGGAACAAUAUUUUAAGUUUUGAAAAAAAAAAAAAACUAAAUAAAUAGGCCCCAACCUCUGGCCUCCAAUGUGGAGCAGUAGCAAAGUCAUUCUCCUGCUGUCGUUUGGCACAGGCUUCUGGAAAGGUGAGGAGUGGGGGAUGAAUAACGCACAAAGUACUUAAAAUCCACACAAACUAAGGGGACCUUAUCAGAGUAGAUUCCGAAACCUUUUAAAAUCCUCGGGUAAUACCUAUCUAUUAGGCCUAAGCUGGGGAAAGGAAAAUAUCAGAAAAAGCAAAAUCAGACUGAGAAAGUGUUUUGAACUCCUCCCCACCCUAGGGAGGGGAGUGUGGAGUGUCUCAGAGCUAUCAGGCCCCAGUUUUGUCUACAGGCUGGACACAGGCUGAUAGCUAUGCAGAGACUCCAAUGAUCACAAGACUUUGGGAUAGGCAGCUGAGGAGGGGCAAUGAGGAAAUUGUACUCUACAGGCCAGGGCCUGAGGGAUAAGAAAGGCAGGGCCAGGUGGGGCUACAGCCCAGGGCCCUAAGUGCCUCCAUCAGGCAGGGCUGCCAGAACCUUUUCACCAGCCCAUGGACAUCUAGAAGAUGCUAAGGGCACCCUAUCCCAGCAAACCAAAGGCUGCGGUCCAAUUGGCUGAGUCUUCUCAGCUAGAACCCUCUAUCCCUUCCCCCAGCCUAGUAUUUCAGAAGCCUAGGCUCCCCUUGGGAGGGUGGGGGUGGGCUAGUCCAAGAGGGCAAGGAGGCUCUUCCUCUGACCUUGGGCCCCUCCAGGGCCUGGGGACAGCAAGUGGCAGCUCUCUCGGUCAGGUAAAGCCUAGCAGUUAAGAGUCUCGGCCAACCUGAGUUCAAAUCUUGGCUUUGUCACUUAGCUGGGUCACCCUGGAUAAGUUACUUAACCUCCUCAAGCCUCAUUUUCCAAAUCAAUAAGGUGCAAUAGUACUAGCCCCAUGGCGUUGUUACAAAGAUUGAAUGAACUAUUGUAUGUAAAAUACUUAGUAGAGUGUCCAACACAAAAUCAAUGCUUAAUGAAUGAUAAUAUAUAUCUGAUCCCCCAAAUUCACAUCACCUUGCUACCUCCAUUUCCCUCCAUUCAAGGCCCAUUUCACCUUGAAUCCCUAGUUAGU